UCGGAUCGUCUGGAUUUCUAAACGUCAGAGUUCCAGUGAAAAAGCGCUUGCGUAAUACAUGUGUUGAUUCGUUGUAGAUGUAAAAUUUGCCCAAUGACUGCUUGAAACAACGGAAAAAGUUAAUUUAUAAGUAAAAUUUUAUUGUUUCUUUUGGUAACGGGGUUUUUACAUAUUGUGAUAAUGGCAGACCAACAACAAUUCUUCUUGAAAUGGAAUGAUUUUCAAAGUAAUAUGGUAACCUCAUUCCGACAUUUGAGGGAUGAAAAGAGUUUCACUGAUGUUACCUUAGCUUGCGAGGGUCAGACUUGUAAAGCUCAUAAGAUGGUAUUGUCAGCGUGUAGUCCUUAUUUCAAGAGUUUACUAGAGGAAAAUCCAUCUAAGCACCCCAUUAUAAUUCUCAAAGAUGUAGCAUACAGCCAUUUACAAGCAAUCCUUGAAUUCAUGUAUGCUGGGGAGGUCAAUGUUAGUCAAGAGCAAUUACCAGCGUUCUUAAAAACAGCAGAUAGACUAAAAGUGAAAGGACUUGCUGAAAGUUCUACGGGUGGAGGUGUUAGGGAAUAGUAAUGGGAGUUAUUCAGUUGUAUUUAUUUCUGACUUUGAAGAUAUUGAUUUGCAUUUCAAUUUUCAGCUUCAAGAACUUUUAAAGUAUGCUUGAAGCUGAUCAUAUAAAAAUCAAUUGUUUUUGGUUUUCCAUAGAUAUAUGUUAACUUUGAUUUAGUUACCUAAUAAUAAUAGUCUAUCCAAAGAUUCACCCUGAACCAUUUUAUAAUUGUUUUUGUUUUCUGUAUAUAUUCAACAAGGGUGAUUAUAUACCUGAGGAAAGUAAACAAAUGUUCUACUAUUAAUUUGACGAAAUUUUCAUAUAGACAAUAUCUACAAGAAUAUAAUUUUUUUUUCAUAUUCAAUUAUUGAGUUUUUCAAUUCCAUUGAUCUUAAUUCAGCUUUUGUAUUUUUCAUCCUUUAGGGACUCAUCAAUGAAACUUUGUUCAUCAUCAAUGUCAAAAAUUUUCAGUAAUUCAGAUAAUUUACCAAUUAACUCAUAUCAUUAUUGUUUUCAAAUCUCUUAAUUUGAUUGAUAGUCACUUUUUAUGAAACAAAUGUAUAUCUAUGGUAAAUUAUAUUUUUUUGCUAUAACUGCAUUUCAAAAAUUUCAGUAGUAAAGUGUGGAAAACUUAUGUACUUCACUGAUGGAAAAAGUUGGACUGUAGUGUAAAAACAAAUAUAUUUCUACGAGAUUUAAUCCUAUAGUAUAAGUUUUUUGAAACGUUUAUUUCAAUUUUUAUAGUUUUGUAAUGUGAAGUUUUCAAUUUGAUUCCAUCGAGUGUCUCAAUUAUCAAAGUAUUUUUGAUAGACCAAGUCUGAUUUACAAGAUGUAACAUAAUAUUUUUCUUUUUUUCAAAAUAUAGGGUACUUAGAAUAGCUGUGAAGUUUGUAAUAAUGAUUUAAGGUUAUUAUAAAUUUUUUUCAGAAUUAAUAUACACUUUCUCAAUUUUAUGAUGUGCAAUUUUCAAUAUUACAUGAUAUUCUAUGUACUCUGAAGUUUAGAUUAUUGAGAGACUUUUAUGAAUUAAUAUUAAGCACAUGAUAUUUUAAUUUUUAUGAUAUGUAACUGAAGUUAUUAAACUGGGAUAUAUAAAGUUGACCAUAA